CACAGGCCUAUAACGACCAUUUUCGACCCCAACGCAAACAGUUCAGGCAUUCAGUGGCAACUUCCCGGUUGCAGAAAUGCUCUGGAAAAAACUGUCCUCCUCCUCGCACAUUAUCCAAGUUUUUGUCAAACAUUUUGAUUCUUCUCGCUGGACUUCAUGAAGUAAACUCUUCACUUUACAAACGAAAGCGGAGGUUUUAAAAAAUGGUAACUUGUGUGAGAAAGGCGGCGGUGUUUCUCAUGAGCGCGGCCGUGUUGCUUCAGCCGACAUUUGCCAACCACCACAGCAACCAGCAGGUCGGGAGCUGUAGGUAUGGCAUGUUCGACGACCGGCAACGCGGAGCGGAGCCCGGCAGGCUCAACUGCCGGCCCUGCAGCCGGUGUAUGCCGGGCUACGGUGCCAGCCGCCUCUGCAUCCGGUACAACGAUACGGAAUGUUCCCCAUGUUCACCGGGCCACUACUCGGCUACCACCAGCAGUCUAGAUAGCUGCAUCCCUUGUACUGUAUGUGGGAGACGGGAGCCCGAGCAGCAGGCUUGUACGGUCAAGUCGGAUGCCGUGUGCCGUAAACACUGCCCGAUUGGGUCUUUUUACAAUCCCUUCGAUGAAGACUGUCUUCCCUGCUCGUCCUGCCGCAACUACCCAAAGGACGAGGCAAACAGCGUACGCGUACAGCAAUGCGUGGAGGAUGGGAUGGUGCCCGACAUGCAGUGUUGGCCGCACCCAGAUCUGAUUGACCAGGAUAUGUCAUCGGUCAUGUCUUACGACUAUUCUGAAGAUCAAUCUACCGAUUACGAUUCUUCAGAUUCUUCAGAUAAGGAGCCACCAACCACCGUCGCCUACUAUGACUACCGCGUCCGGCCUGUCGGCCCAUCACCGCGACCAGGCCAAGUCAGUAACGAGGACACUGAGCCUGAUAAUACCGAGGACAUGGCGCGGAUGUACACCGUCGUCCUACUCACAUUGCUGAUAGUGGUGGGACUGUGCGUGUUUCUCUCCAUCACCAUCCUUGUCUGCCUGUGUCGAGUAAUGAAGAUGAGUUCCCAUCGCUCAUCAUACCAGCGAACCAACAGCGGAGGUUAUCAUUGCAUUUCAGAAAAGACUUCCAAGUUGCUUGUUAGGCAGCCAACGACAUACGUAUAAAUUUGUAUUAAGAUACAAUGUUGGCCCGUGUGGUAUUAAAGUUGGCAUUAUGGACUCAUAAAAAAUCAUUUUUAUAUACGAUUCAAAAAUCUUGCACAAGUAUGCAAUUUGGUUAGGUUAGGUACGAGAUAUUCUGGUGUCUGGCCGUGAAAAAAAAA